AGCAGAGAGACAGAGAGAGAGAGAGAGAGAGAGAGGAGGGGGAUUGCCUCGGAGGGAAACUUUUCCUCCAUUGUGUUUUUUUAAGUGCCGUUUACUUCAGCGGAGAGAGAAAGAAGAGAGGGGAGGUGUGUGUGUGUGUGAGGGAGGAUCGUUCAGAUUUUCCAGAGAGAGAGAGAGAGAGAGAGAGAGAAGGAGAGAGAGGGAGAGAGGGAGGAGGACUUGGAGUAGUUUGGAGUCACAGUAGAAGAGGAACUUCAACGGUUAAUUUAUCCAAAGUUGUGUGACUGACUGAGACUGAGGCAGAAUGGAAACUAGCUAACUAACCUUCACUAUCUGUGGUCACUUCUCGCUGCUUUACACACAUUUACAUGAGGUAGAGGCAGAGGUAGUAGGAACUAAACGAUGCCGUUGUUGUUUGUCGGUUUAAUGCGGGCUGUGAGUUUUUAAAAGAGCCUAGAGGAGGAGAAGUUGGGAGAGAACCGGUUUUCCCUGGUACCCUACCGACGCUUUGUGUUUCUGAGUGUUACUGAGUGUUGGUGGUGGUGGAGGGGUGUUUUUCCUGUUUGACAGAGCCGAUUGUCAAAGGAGAAGUUACAACACACACACAGGCUCAUCGACACCAGACCUGUUCAGAUGGACUUGAGAUAACGCCACCAGAAGUUCCCACCCUUGUCCGGAACUCCAGCUUCCCACAUUCACCCAGAAUGGAAGACCCCACCGGGCUGAGCUCUGAAGGGGCCGGGGCAGGCACGGCCGAGGUCGACGCCUGUAGUUUGGAGAUAGAGAGGAAGUAUGACAUCAUCCCUGCCGUCAUCUGCUCCAUGUGUUGCCUGUUUGGCAUCAUCUACUGCUUCUUUGGUUACCGCUGUUUCAAGGCCGUCAUGUUCCUGUCUGGUCUGAUGUUUGGCUCCGUCAUCAUUUUCUUGCUGUGUCACAAGGAGCACGUGCUGGACACCCAGCUGAGCGUGGAGGCCAGCGCGGGUAUCGGCCUCGGUAUCGGCCUGCUGUGCGGUCUGGUUACUAUGCUGGUGCGAAGCGUCGGCCUCUUCAUGACCGGCCUACUGCUGGGCCUCCUCCUUGCUCUUGCCGCCCUGCUGGUCACUCACCAGUUCUACACUCCAACGACAGUCUGGGUCCCACUAGGUGCACUUCUGGGAACGGGCAUGCUGUUUGCUGUGCUGACACUGCAGUGGCAAAAGCUCUUCACCAUGCUCUCCACAGCUGUGUUCGGGGCAGCUAUCAUGACAGUGUGUGCGGAUUAUUUUGUGGAGAUGCUGGUUUUGGCCAACCAUGUGUAUGGAUGCUUGCGCCUCACACCGGGGCCACCUCUGUGCUGGUACAGCUGGGUCAUUCUGGGCAUCUGGCCCGCCCUCAGCCUCAUAGGAGUACUGGUCCAGUGGAAACUGACGGAUGACAGCUUCUCACACACUGAGGUCGUUAUCAGUCGGAGACAGAAGAGAGUCCAGUUGAUGCGGAUUCGAGAGAAGGAUGCCAAGAAGCGACAGCAGGCAGGUGGGCAGGAAGGCACGUACCGCCGUAAACCCACCCCAGUGAAACGUUACGCUGGGGAUCUACUGGCACCGAGCUACCUGCAAAGUCUGCGGGACAGACAGAUGGGCACAGGCACUUCCCUUAGCAGCCUGGGCACUGCCAACCACACCAUGAUCGACAUGGACUACGACACCGGGUCCACUGCGCCCCUUACAGCUACAACCCCAGUUGUCAGGGUCUGAGCGAAACAGAGAUAAGAAGGGUCUAAAUAAUGCUCUCUGGUUCUCCAACUGUGUCUUCCUAACGUAGACUAGAACCAACAAACUGCUCCCCUCAGCUAAGGGUUUAUUGUGCCAUUAAACUGAUUUGGGAGCGAGGAUGUGUGUCAGUCCUUGGUGUUCAGUGAAAGAGAAUGCUGCUUUUUGGGGAGAAGUAAGAGGUGUCACCUGUUAGGUGAAAGCUAUAAUAUAACCACUGCAACCACUGUGUUUCUCAGAGAAACACUUAAAAGACAGAUACUAACAAAGUAAGGUCCUCCAUUUCCUCUCAUCAUGUAUUAAAUACAUAAACAGCAAGUACGAGCCUCAAUAACGGAUGUAUUUCUGUUUUGGUAGUGAAUAUGACAAAGCAAUUUGUUUGACAUUACAUGUACUGUACUUAAAAAGUUAGUCAUCGCCAUGAAGUGUUGUGUUAUUUACCUGUCUUACCUUUUUAACUGUGUACUCAUAGGAUUUACAUUGAAAUGACUGUGUUUUUUAUAGUUUGGUGAGAGAGUAAAAUAUGAUAUGCAGAUGGAUACAUGGAGUAUGACAAAGUGAAGCAAAAACUAAAUGGUGCAAAUAAAAAACAGUUUGUAUUUCUUGUCAGAAUACAGUAGGUGAAGAAUUUAGACUUGUGUAUGCUUGUGGAGUAAACUUUUUUUAAUUUAAUUUAUAAAAUGACAUGGUAGGGUUGAAAAAAGGACAAAAAAACAAAGCAUGUUUGUUGUUAAUUUGUAGAUUUUUAAAUAAUUAUCCACUGUGUUUGAAUUGUGCAGGGACAAUGCACUUGUUACCUGAAUCUGUACAUACCUGUUGAUAGAAAUUUCAAAAGAUAAAUAAAUGUGUUUGAUACAAAACCA